UCUUUUGAUUUUCCGUUACCGACAUAUUAUUAAUACUAAGACAAGGACAGGCCUAGGCAGGGGGAAGUAUAGUACAUCAACUGGUCAACAUUUCAAACUACAACGACCUUCAGCAAUGAAGAGACCGACUCAGAAGCAGAAGAAGUGAACAUAAGUUAAUGACUUGAAAGGCUUAUUUAGCGUAUAGUGUGUACUGUUUAUAAUUAAUUCUAGAAACACUGUCUAGCGCAACAUUUGUUAUAAAAUCAUAAAUGAGCAAAACAUCCACACAGAACUAAGAACGUUUAACAUUCACUAAAAUCAACUUAAUGUCAACGUCAACAUACAUUAACGUCAUUCAACUUCAACUUUAAAAGGUCGUAACUGACCUUGUUUGAAGUUGUUUGUCGCGUUUUGCAUCACCUGGAAAAUAACAAAAAUAUAUUUAUAAUAUUGAGUUCAAAGCUGACAAGUAAACUUGUUAACCAAGAAUAUAAAAUCUGUAUACAAGUGAAUAUUAAAAUGAAGUGAAAAUAAAUGAUAAAAUGCCACCCACAAUACAAACAGGUGAAGCAGAAAGGGAUAAACGGCCAACAAGGACCGGAGAGAGGAGGUCAGAGCUGCUAACUAAAGUGAAAUAUUGUAACACACUGCCUGACAUACCGUUUGACUUGAAAUUCAUAACGUACCCAUUUCCUUCGACGCGCUUUGUACAGUACAAUCCGACCUCUUUAGAGAAAAGCUAUCGCUAUGAAGUUCUCACAGAACAUGAUCUGGGAGUGCACAUAGAUUUGAUCAACCGAGAUAUAUACCAAGGAGAUGGUAAUGCACCAUUGGAUCCUGCAGACGAGAAGUUGCUUGAAGAUGAUGUCCUCACGCCCCAAGAUUCAAAGAGAUCCCGUCAUCAUGCCAAAAAUGUUUCAUGGUUACGUCGUUCAGAAUAUAUAUCUACGGAAGCUACUAGAUUUCAGCCUCAGUCCAUGGAAAAGGUGGAAGCCAAAGUGGGUUAUAAUGUUAAAAAGAUAUUUAGUGAAGAAACACUAUAUAUGGAUAGAGAAAGUCAAAUCAAAGCUAUUGAAAAGACAUUUGAAGACAACAAGAGACCUAUAGAGAAGCAUUACAGCAAACCUGGUGUGACCCCAGUGGAAGUAAUGCCAAUAUUUCCUGAUUUUGACAUGUGGAAAUAUCCCUGUGCUCAGGUUAUAUUUGAUUCAGAUCCAGCACCCGCUGACAAGAAUUUCUCAGGACAAAUGGAGGCCAUGUCACAAGCUAUGAUUAGAGGUGUGAUGGAUGAAAGUGGUGAACAGUUCGUGGCCUAUUGUCUUCCCACCGAGGAAACAAUACAGAAGCGACGUCGUGAUGUUAAUGAAAACAUACCAUACAUGGACGAGGACACCUAUGAGUAUAAAAUGGCUAGAGAAUACAACUGGAAUGUUAAAAGCAAAGCCUCUAAAGGCUAUGAAGAGAAUUACUUUUUGGUGGUGCGUAAUCACUGUGUUUACUACAAUGAAUUGGAAACGAGAGUUCGUCUGUCGAAACGUCGAGCCCGCGCUGGAGCAGCUGCACAAGCCCCGACUAGGCUGGUGGUCACGCAUCGUCCUCUCAGUAGCACCGAACAUCGUAUGCUGAGACUUAGAGAGAAGCAACUUGAGCCUCCACAAGAUGAAGACGAGGAGGAGGAGGAAGAAGAAGAUGAAGAAGAAAAGCAGGAACAGAGCGGCGAGAAGGAAAGGUCUCGUUCGCGAUCAAAAUCGGGUUCGAAGUCUCCUCGUGGCUCCGAGAAGUCCAAAGGCUCGGGAAGGUCCAGGUCGCCGUCACGCGAGAAGUCGAAGUCGCGUUCGAGGUCAAGGAGUCGUUCUCGGUCCGCUUCCGGCUCUAGGAACUCGAGAUCUCGUUCAGGAUCGGCACGUUCUCGGUCACCGAGAUCUGGUUCAGAGCGUUCUCGGUCACGUUCAAAGUCUGGCUCGAGGGCGUCUUCAAGAGCCAGUUCCAAGAGCGGGGCGGGUUCUCGCGCCAGUUCCGCUUCGAGAGGAUCCCGUGCUACUUCUAAAGCUAGUGAUAAAGGUUCGAAAGCCAGCUCUCGGGCGUCAUCGCGGGCCAGCAAACGCUCCUCCCGUGCGUCGUCCCGGGCCUCGCGAGCUUCUUCGAGAGCUUCAGGUUCCAAAGCUUCAUCCAGAGCUAGCUCUAGAAGGAAUUCGGGAUCGGCUAGCGGCUCCGAAAAGUCUCGAAGUCGCUCGCGUAGUGGUUCGAAACAGGGUUCACGUAGUGGGUCAGCGUCGAGUGCAUCGUCAAGACAUAGUGGUUCUGACUGAAAGAAGAAUAUGUCGGAUAUACUUUAACAUUGACCUUGUGUUUUAAACAUAUGUAAUUUAUCCCGAAUAAAAUAUCCAAAAAUAAUGGA